GGGAGAGGCGCGUCCUUCCGCAGGACCAAACUCACCUUCGCAGGUCUUCAUCCUCCAGCCGUUUGCGGCAGAGAAACUUGGAGCUGGUCAGUCGGGAGGCUCCGAGGCCAUCGAGGAGAGCAAUCUCAGAGCAGUUCAUCCGCAACCAAUUUGACUUUGAGAGCAUGAGGAGGGAAUGGAGCGAUUUCCUUGGUCCUCCUCGAAGAGCGAUCAGCCUGCCUGUUAGUCGACCGCCCCUACAACCUCCAACAGAGCCCCAGCCGAUCUCGCUGCCCCAACACCUUAAAUUGCCAGGGACGGUCCCAAGGACAGAGGUGGAGGAAGGAGAGGAGUGCGCGGUGUGCAUGGAGAUGGCCAAAAACGCGAUCCUGUUCCCUUGCGGUCAUCAAGACUUGUGUAUUGGUUGCGCUGAACACAUCAAGAAUAAUGGCGGGACUUGCCCUGUCUGUCGGCACAAGAUACAAGCUGUGCAACAAGUGAAGCGCCGAUAGUGUUCAGGGUGCCGUGUGUUUGUGUGUCAAGACGAUUUCUUUCAAUCUCGUGUGCUGUACCAUGUUCGAUUAUAUAUUCAUGUCGUUGUACGUUUAGUUAUUUCUGAUCUGAUCUGUAAGUGUUUGCGUCGUUGUUAUAGAUUCUUUCCAAUGUUUUGUACUACAAUUAAACAUGUAUUCUUUGUC